AUGGCCCCCUGUCCCCAGCCUGACUCCUGCCCAGCUGGCAGCCCCCUUGGCCUGAUAUGUUUGUCCCUUUUGCUCAUCCCUGCUGCAGCUGGAACCUACUGUGAAUGCAGCCUUGGCCUCAGCCGUGAGGCCCUUAUCGCCCUCAUUGUGGUGCUGGCUGGUGUCAGUGCCAGCUGCUUCUGUGCCCUCGUUGUUGUGGCGAUUGGUGUCUUUCGGGUCAAGGGUGAUACGUGCUCCGGACACACGGAAAACAGGUUGAUGGGGCCCUAUGGGGUCCAGGAAGAUCGCAUAGACCUGCAGGCGGUACACGUGGAGUCCCAACUCAUGGACCCUGACUUGGAGGUAUCCAUGAUGCCAUCCUUGGAGAGCAAUUGCCUCAUGACCAUCCCCAUGGAGGUUCCUCUAGAGGAGCCACCACCACCACCUCCACCCCCACCACCUCCACCUCCAGAGUAG